GAAAACCUCACUGCUUUUCAAACCUCUCUCUCACAGUCAUCUUCAUUAUAGACUCGCCGAGUCUUUCCUCCUCUCGUCCUUCCCAAUCCCUAGAACAAACACCCCUCGUGUUCUCUCUUUUUCCAUGGCAGUAUCACCCGUUUGCGUUACCGACACGGCUAGAGCCCUCAGCUGCCGGGACAGCAAGGCGGCUACCCAUCUGAAGCUAAUCUCUGUCCUUAUAAUAUUCUUUACCAGCGUUUUGGGCAUCUCUUCUCCUGUACUCCUAGCUCGAUAUUUUCAUGGCAAGCCUCUUUACGACAAGGCGAUUCUUGUGAUUAAGUGCUUUGCUGCCGGUGUAAUCUUGUCCACCUCUUUGGUUCACGUUCUUCCUGAUGCUUAUGAUGCUCUCUCCGAUUGUCAGGUGGCUUCUAAACAUCCUUGGAAGGACUUCCCUUUUGCGGGAUUGGUUACCUUGAUUGGCGCUUUGCUUGCUUUAUUCGUGGAUUUAACCGCAAGUGCGCAUGUGGAGCAUAGUCAUGGUCAUGGCGGGGAGAUGAAACAGAGUGUGGAGUAUACUCCGGUUGGGACACAGGAGGAAAUUGUGGGAAAGAAGGUGGGAGAAUUGUCCAAAGUUGAAUUGGGUGAGAAAGGAGGGGAGGAAGAUUUGAUGAAGCUAAAGCAGAGAUUGGUUUCACAGGUUUUGGAAAUUGGGAUUAUAUUUCACUCGGUGAUAAUUGGAGUAACUAUGGGUAUGUCACAGAAUCAGUGCACUAUUAGGCCUCUUGUUGCUGCUCUUGCGUUUCACCAGAUCUUCGAAGGGAUGGGCCUCGGUGGCUGCAUUGCUCAGGCAGGAUUUAGCUUUGGAACAGUGGCCUACAUGUGCUUCAUGUUCUCAGUAACAACACCAUUAGGGAUAGUGUUAGGGAUGAUUGUGUUUUCAUUGACAGGGUAUGAUGACAAUAAUCCAAAUGCCUUGAUUAUGGAAGGAUUAUUGGGGUCCCUAUCUUCGGGCAUACUUAUAUACAUGGGUCUUGUUGAUCUCAUAGCUCUUGAUUUUUUCCAUAACAAGUUGAUGAAUUCUACUCCAUGGUUGAAGAAGACAUCUUUCAUUGCUCUAACUGUUGGCUCUACUGCAAUGUCCAUACUUGCCCUCUGGGCUUAGAAGUUUUAGUUUUGUUUCUCUUGAGAUGCAUGUAAUUCAAAAUCAUUGGGCUCGUGUACGUCCAUAAAUAAAAACCUAUACAAGUUCAAACAUUGUUC